AUGUACCCGCCCGCUCCCCCCGGCCAGGCUGCCCCUCCCUACCAGCCCGCCACGACCAGCGGCGAGCUCCGCACCGUAUUCAUCACGGGCUUCCCGCCCGACAUCAAGGAGCGGGAGCUCCCCAACCUCCUCCGCUUCCUGCCCGGCUACGAGGCCUGCCAGCUGCACACCCGCGCCGGCGCGCCCCUCGGCUUCGCGCUGUUCAGCAGCACCCACGCAGCGCAGGCGGCUGUCAGGGCCCUCAGCGCCCUCGCCUUUGACCCCGAACACCCCCUGCGCGCCCAGCUGGCGCGCAACAACAUGAACGAGAGCGGCGGGCCAGGGCGCUGGGCGGGCCAGGGCGCCGGCGCCCUAGCCGGAAACUCAAGCCCCACGCGUGAUCACCCGGCCUGCAACACGCUGUACAUCGGCAACCUGGGAGACGCUACCGAGGAGAGGGAGCUGAACGACCUCUUCGGCUCCUACGCUGGCUUCCAGCGCCUGCGCCUCCUGCGGGGCUCCCGCACCGUCUCUGCCUUUGUCGUGUUUGAGGACACGGCGACGGCCUCGGCAGCCCGAGAGGGCGCGCAGGGCUCCUCGGUGCCCUCCUCGGACCGUGGCCCGCUGCGCAUCCAGUUCUCGCGCAACCCCUCCUCUAACAAGCGCGACGCAGCGAGCGCGCAGCUGCCGCAGGACGGUGGCUGGAUCGCGGGCAGCGUGCAGCGGCCGCGGCAGGGCGACUACGCGGCAGCCGGCGUAUGA